UUAUAUUAAUGAUUAGCCCUAAAACAUUCAGUAAAAAAUUAUAAUAAGUUCUAGGGGACACCAGGGGACAAAGACAGCUGUUUCUCUAAGACAACUUUGCAAAAAUGGGUGACUGGACAUUUUUGGGCAGAUUGCUAGAUAAAGUGCAGUCCCAUUCUACAGUGGUUGGAAGGAUUUGGCUGACUGUACUGUUUGUCUUCAAGAUUUUACUACUGGGAGCUGGGGCCGAGAAGGUCUGGGGUGAUGAACAGUCUGGGUUUAUCUGCAACACGGCACAACCUGGCUGCAAGACUGUCUGCUACGACCAUGCUUUCCCCAUCUCCCACAUCCACUACUGGGUCCUUCAGAUCAUCUUUGUCUCAACUCCAACCUUAGUCUAUCUCGGGCUUGUUUUGCAUGUGAUCGGAAAGGAAGUGAAACAUAGACAGAAAGAGCAGAAAGAAAGUGAAUAUGCGGGUCUGAUCAUCAAGAAAACCAAGAAGUUAUCAAAAUAUACAGAUGAACAAGGGAAAGUCAGAAUUCGAGGAUAUUUGCUGGGCAGUUACCUGGCUAAUGUCACUUGCAAAAUACUGUUGGACGUGGCGUUCAUUGCAGGCCAGUGCUAUCUUUAUGGCGUCACACUUGAACCCAGGUUUCGGUGUAACACUAAUCCCUGUCCUAGCAUUGUAGACUGCUUCAUUUCACGCCCAACUGAGAAGUCCAUUUUUAUUGUGUUUAUGCUUGUGGUGGCCUGCUCAUCCCUGGCUUUAAACCUCAUUGAAAUCUUGUUCCUCUGUGGGAGUAAGAUUAGAGAUAGCACAAAAAGUACACUCUCCACCAGAUUGAUGACUUGAUGAACUAUAAGUUUGAGCAGACUGGGGAGAAGUUGGAGAACGAGUUCAGUAAAAGUGUCGGUGGAGAGGAGCUGGAGAAGGAGCCAGGAUCUGAACAAGAACAGUCCAUAACAGGAGGGCCUCAGAGGGUCAUCCACAGAUCUGGAGGAAGCAUGGAAAGUGUACGAGUAGAGGAACAUUUGUUGAAGGAAAGUUAGAUAUAUUUAAGACAAUAAGGUAGCCCAUGUAUCUGGUUUCUCUUUUUAGAAUGUGGUUUUACAACGAAAACAGAAUGCACAAUAAAAGAAGGAUGUUAAUAAAAAAAAAUAAACAAAAGGCUAUAGUGUUCUAAGUAUCUAAUUGACAUCAUUGCUAUAACAACAUUAGGAUAAAAUUUUAACCAGCUGUUAGCUGUUAUUCAUUUAUUUUUUCUUUCUUCAAUAAAUGAUAAAUUACAUAAAUAUUAUGUUUAUUUUUAGGCAGCAUUACAAAAAAAAUAAUUAAUAAAAUAUGAACGUCUUCAUACUAACCCCAGGAGUAAAGUAUACAGUAUAAAUACUGUCAAUAUGUGCUUUAUAAUUUGUGUAAUAAUAUGUGCUAAUGUGAGUUAAUUACCUAUGUCCUUGUGACAGCUUUGUGGUCUCUUAUUCUGAUUACAAAAAUGUAAUUAUUUUCAAAUUAUAAAAUAAAAAUGGA